AUGAGCGUGACAUCCUCCACGGUGGACGAUGGCAGCGUCGUGUUGGACGGCGCCUUUGGCGCGGGGUCGCAGCUGCGGCUGGUGGACAGCGUGGUGGACACGGUGGGCCAGUUCGGCGUCAGCCUCGCGGCGGAGUUUGGGACGGACUCCUCGGUCCUGCUGCUUCGCUCUACCGUCAUCGCGGCGUCGGAGGCCGUCGUCGUUGCGGACGACUUCCUGCUGAACGCGAGUGCGAUUGCCGUGCGGGGCUGCCGGCUGGAGGCGGCGCUGCCGAACUUCCAUGAGAGCUCCGCGAUUGCCUUCAAGGUCUUUCGCAUCUUGUCUGGCGGCAGCUUCAGCGUGACGGACUCGCGGCUGGUGGCCGGAAAAGGGCUGGCACUGACCCGCGCCUGCAGCCUGGGCGCCGCGGCCCUCCUUGAGGUGGCGCGGAACGCAAUGCAAGGCCCGGCGGACGGCGGCA